AUGACUGGAUUACCAGAGGUGCAGAAAAAUUUAGUAGAAACGUUAGUUAAACAGAACAUCUCUGAAGUGGGCACUAACACUGCACAUGGCUUAGUGUACAACAAUGCAGAAGUGAUUCGCGAGAUGCUCUGCAUGCUCAACAGUCUCUGUGGACAGAGCGUUCCUCUCUCGCAAAUAGAAAAGAAGUCUGCAUCGAAUCACAUAGAAGCUAAGCCCAUCAACCUUACUCGUCACCAGUCCACCUCUUAUGAAUCCGACUUGCUCUAUGCGUCGUCCGCGAAGGGACAAUUCAUUUGUUCAAAUUGUGGUCAGGAUUUUCUCAAUCGUGACGCCCUUGCAAUGCAUAUGAUGGAGAGUGUGCAUUCGGAGGCCUGUGCCACUACCAACAGCAGCGGCAACAAAGAGGACCGCACCCAAGGGACUAUUGGGUGUCACCACAUGAAGGUUACCACUUCUAAUCAUUCAAAUGCGGCACGCAGGUAUAUUAGACUUCCCGUGCCCAUGAAUAACAAUACAGUACCGUUUCACUCGUUCUUCAUUAAGACAAGACCACUGUUAGACCCUGGAGUUCCACGACCUGGCCGCAAACCCAGACGAUUGAUUUCAGUGACUGCGGAAGAGGACAGAUGCGGAUCGUUGCAGAUGGUGAUGGGGAGAAGGGGGCCAUUUACGUUGAAGCGACCUAAGUCCUGCGAACCAAAGGUGGACAAUCGCACUUUGGGUGAGGUCCAACCAGACAGGGCUAGCUCAACGCCGGUGAGUGUCCAGGUGGCGGUAUCCAGUGCUUAUGCUGAUCCUCGCAACAGCGGUGUCUGCCCUCUCAAGAAAACAGAAUCUGAACUCUUGGAUUCCCCUAGACCCGCAAAGGCCUUACGCAUUGAACCGCCAGCGGAGAAGAAGGUGCGCACCGCGAAAGUGGAAGAGAUGGGCGCUAUGCUAGUAACACGAGGUGGAGGCAAAGGGGUCGCCAGUUCGAUAGAGUGCGAGGAGGUUGUUGGAGAAUUAGGUGCGUCAGGCAGCUCUUGCCACUGGCAGACAUCGGAGCCAAAUGGACCGGGUCCCUCGGCGCAUUACCCAUUUGUGUGUCGGCACUGUACGAUUGGCUUCUCCGACCAGACUCUCUUCAAUCUCCACAUGGGCCUUCACACCUCCUUUAACCCUUGGCGAUGUAACAUGUGUAGCAAGGAGUUCUCCAACGUCUAUGAGUUCACGGCUCACGCACUUCAUUAUUGA